CUUUCAAAUAACGUAAUUCAAUAUCAAAUAGCCGUAUUCAUCUAGCACACAGACUCUGGGAGGAAUUAAACAGGCUGACUGGGUUAAACAUUGACAAAAUGUUCAGAAAUGUUUUGAAAGUUACUGAGCAUUGAUUUCUUGUUUCUCUUUGAAUCGUACAUUUGUAUAAAAGAGCUUGUGUUUGACUAAGACUGGCCAAAAGCCUCUCAACAAACUGAUAGAAAAAGGCCAAAGACAAACAUUUCUCAGACUUUUCCUUGAAGGUAUCGUUGCUUUUAACACUGAUUAGAAUGGUUCAUUUUGCAAAGGCGCUGGUCUUUCUCUGCGUGCUGAUUGGAUGGUCACAGACUUUUCCACAGCAUGAUGUCAUCAGAGGGGAUAAAGACGUGACAGAUGCCGACUCGAAAAAGACAGAAGGGCAAGAUGUUAAACUGAUUGCCACUGAUGUCACUCCACCAGUGUGUCGUGUGGUAAAUGACAGCUCAGAGUGUCUUUUAACAUGUGAAAAGACAACCAUUGAAGUGACGUACAUCAUGUCAGACGGCAACGGUUCAGGAAUAAAUCGCACCCGCACAUCUUCCAAUAGCUUUAGUUUUAGCAAAUAUACUCAAUAUGACGGUCAGGAUGAAAAUGGCUACUAUGCAGUUCUUUUGAAAUAUUCUGGCAUCUGCUGCUCUGACGAUUUGGAGGUUUCCGCAGUGGACAACGCAGGAAACAUAGGGAAGUGUCCUAUCAUAAUAAAACGUAUACAACCCAAUGAUUCUAAUAUUCAAGAAGAUUAACACAAGCAAUUCUAGUUUUAGGGAUGCUUUGAUAUGGAAUUUUCAAUACUAUUAACCGAUAACUAUUUGGGAACCUAUAAUCAAUCUACAGAUCAAUAAAUAGUUAAAAUAAUAAUGAUAGCAACAUUUAUGGUAUUGGCUGAUAAAAGGCGUUUAUAGGCCGAUACCAAUUUGUCUGCUGAUAUUGUCAUGAUCGCCUGUGGUAUUAUCAACCUGGGAGAUUCAUUCCGGUACACCCGCAGAACUACAACUCCCAGAACAGUUUGCACCCAUCAACUCCUGCAACAGCUGACAAUAAUCCGGACACUCACACACAGACACAGCUAUAGCUCGUUGUCACUCAUUACAUGGACUAUAUAUAUAUAUAUAUAUAUAUAUAUAUAUA